CAUCCCGAUUGUUUUUGUUAGUAAUUAUAUGUUAAGUAACGCAAAUCGGAGCCAAAAUAUUGGCAGCAAAGCCAGUUCAGUGCGUGUACGGUGGUCAAGUCGAUCAAAAAAUGCAUUCUUAAGUGAAAAAGUGACUUAAAAAAUCAUGGGGUUGCUACUUUCCGUGCUAGUGACUUGUGUUGGUAUUGUCGAACUUUUGACCGUUUAUCAAAGAGUGAUACAGCGGGUGAAACCUCAAACGCAGCUCACCUCCUCAACCACCUUGCAGAAUCACUAUUUAAGCGAGCUUAAGAAUGUUAGAGAACGGCUGGCUACUCAAUUAGAAGAGUUGAAGAAGCAGGAGGCCACUGAAAAAAUCCCCACCUUUAGACUAAAUAGUCACGAAGAUAUUGAUGUUGAAUAUAAAUCAAAUAUUGUAGCCAAAUCCAGGUCUCCUAGCCCUAGAAGAUUUUUGGUUACAGAAAGGAAAAAUUCCUCCUCUCCCACUAGACGUUUCGUACUAUCUGAGGAGCCACAAGGCAUACAGAGUCUUCGCAAGUCACCGGCUCAGGAGUGCAUCCCAGAAUACCUGAUAGAAGAAAAGAAAAAUAAUGGAGAAGUGCCACGGUUCAUCUUAAAAGACGAUGAAGGUCCUGUACCACUACCUUUGCCAGAAAAGUUCGUGGUCGCCGAACCAAAUACUACUACUAAUGCGAAAACAGACAUAUUUAGGAAGAAAAUGGGCCAUACCCUUGUAGAAGUCGAUGGUGAAUUAUAUUAUAGAAGAUCUCCUAGCCCCUUCCCAAGUUUCGAUCUAACAGUGCCAAGAAACAGUAUUUGCAGCGAACUACUUGAUGAAGCUUGCAGCUUAGAAGAGGUGGAUGAAAGUUCAAGGUCAUCUUAUUCUCCUGUAAACAUAAUACCCUCUUCAGAAGAGCCUGAACAUACUGCAACUUUAAAGGAUUAUAAUAAAAUCUCUCACAAAAAUCCAGGCCUUGACAUUAAUAAGCCAGGACGAAUUAAUGCCCUAUUAGUUACAAGUGCUGAAUCGCACAGCUCCAAAGAUUAUUGGGUUAACAAAGCCCUGGUUGUGCCUAAUAGAGAAUGCAAAUCGAGAAGCACUUCACCCUCACCACCUGAACUAGAAGCUUUAUUACAUCACAGUUCUGAACAAUAUUGGGACAAUAAUGCUCUUAAGUUACCCCAAAAGAUUUUAAAAUCCAGGAGUCCAUCACCGAGUCACCAAAAAAAGGAUGAACAUUUUAAUCGAAGAAGGUCUCUUUCUGAAUCGGCUACUGUAGAUGAAGCAAUUCUACAAGCACCGUUAACACAAAAAACGGCUUCCCAACAAGAGUUUUUAAAAGAACCUGACGCCAAUAGUGGUUCUUCAAGCGAAGAAGAGAAAUUUGUAGACGUCACAGAAGAAACUAUGGAUAGCUUGGAUGGUAUUGACAAGAAACGAGGCUGUAUUAGGAAAAGAUAUCUUAAAAGGAGGCAGAGGAGCAAGACUAAGCACUUAGGUUCAGAUGUUUCUAGCAUCAAAGCCAAAGAGAAUUUAAGCGGUCCUAAACCAGGGGAACCUUUUUGGCUGAUUUUCAGUGGAGAGUAUGUCAAGGCCGUAAACAAAGACUGGCAUGCGCAACACUUCUGCUGCUGGCAAUGCGACGAAAGUUUAACCGGACAGCGUUACGUUCUCAGGGACGAUCAUCCGUACUGCGUGUCCUGCUACGAGUCCGUAUUCGCCAACGCUUGCGAAAAGUGUGGUAGAACUAUCGGGAUCGAUUCUAAGGACUUGUCCUACAAAGACAAGCAUUGGCACGAAGCUUGCUUUUUAUGUACCACCUGCGGCGACUCUUUGGUAGACAAGCAGUUCGGAUCCAAAGGUGACCGCAUCUACUGUGGACUCUGCUACGAUAAGCAAUUCGCAUCCAGGUGCGAUGGAUGCCACGAAAUCUUUAGAGCUGGUACCAAAAAGAUGGAAUACAAGACGAGGCAAUGGCACGAGAAGUGCUUCUGCUGUUGCAUGUGCAAGACCCCGAUAGGCACCCAAAGUUUCAUCCCUAGGGAGCAAGAGAUUUACUGCGCUAAGUGCUACGAAGAAAAGUACGCUACUAGGUGUAUUAAAUGCAAUAAGGUUAUCACCAGCGGAGGCGUAACUUACAAGAACGAACCUUGGCAUCGUGAGUGUUUCACUUGCACCCACUGCACAAAAUCCUUGGCCGGAGAACGUUUCACCAGCCGCGACGAGAAACCAUACUGUGCCGACUGCUUCGGCGAAUUGUUUGCCAAGCGAUGCUUCGCUUGCAACAAACCCAUUACUGGAAUCGGUGGAACUAAAUUCAUCUCGUUUGAAGAUCGCCACUGGCACAACGACUGUUUCUUCUGCGCGAGCUGCCGUUCCAGCCUGGUUGGACGUGGUUUUAUCACUGACAACGACGACAUCAUUUGCCCCGAGUGCGCCAAGCAGAAACUUAUGUAAACCAACCUUUAUUACUUUCUACACUUCGGCAGAAAUUUUCAAAAAACAAAGUGCAUUGAACAUCUGCAGUCAUUGGAAUUUUAAACACAAAUACGAUUUCAUUUUUGAAAACAACUGUCAAUUGAAAUGUGUUACUUUCACGCUUGGAUCAACACAUAACACAUGACAACACGCACACAUUUACACAUACACAAGAAAUACACUUGAUAAAAAGAAAUUUAAAAAAAUACAAAAAAAAAUACAAUUUUUAAUUUAAAUUUUAAAUUAUGUAUGAAGUUUUUUCCACAAUUUUUUUUUUACUUAAGAACACUUUAAAUUUUGAUUAUAACGUCAUCUUAUGCUUAAAAUGCUUUAAUUUAGUGAUUUGAGUGCCCAUAUUAUGUAUUUUUACAUAUUCUCGAGAAUUUUAUUUUAUGAAUAGCCAUCAUACAAAGUCUUAUUAAAUAUUUUGUUACAUAUUUAUUUAUGUUUAUUUUUUUAAGUGGAUGUUUUUUUAUAGAGAAAAAUACGAAACAAUUAAGGAAUUACAAACAUAACGUUUUUGAAUUUUAUAGAGUCCUGACAUUUUUAUAGAAUGAAUAGGACUUUAUGAAACUCUUUUAUUUUCUUAAAUAAAAAUAUUAUAUAUCUUACAUGUUUAGUUUUUAGGUUAUUUAAUAUAAUUUAACGCUGUAUUUAUUUUUUGACAUUUUGUGUUGUAGAUAAUAGUAUUUUGUGUAUAAAGCUUAUAAGCAUUUAAAUGAAUAUAAGGGGCAAUCUUGGUGCUAUUAUAGUUUGUAAAUUUAUUAUUUCCUAGCCAUAAGUUUGAUUAAUUUGUUAUCAAUUACUUAAUGAACAUUAACUAAAUAAAUUUUAUUGUAAUUUUUAUCUGCGUUAUUUAUAUAAAAGAUAAUAUUUAAAUCAAUAUUACUACUAUUAACACGAGUUUGGAAUGUUAUUAAUUUUAUAGGCUUUUAAAAUUACAGAGCUUUGCUUUUUAUUAGGAUUAUAUUAUCACUGUUAUACCUUUUUUUUCUUCUUUAAUAAACUUAUUGGAAGGUUC